AAGGCUAGGUGUCCACCACGGAGAGACGCCCCGGGGUGGCCCCAGGACGUGUCUGGGAACGCGCGCUGAUACCGCGGGGAGGGAGAGGCCGCUCGCGAGGUGCGCCGGGCUGCACCCCAGAUCGCUUUCUGGAGAGAAAGCGCCGAGUCCAGAAACUGAGUGCGCGCGAGUGUGCGCGCGCCCGCGAGCGGGGGGCGUGGCGGUCAACAGCAACAACCCACUGGCCGGCUCGGCCCGAAACUCCGACCUCCCUCCCGGGCCGGGAAGUGCGACUCGCCGGAGCCUGGAGGGACCCCGCGGGAGCCUGGCCUGGGAGCCAGGAUGGCCACCCACAGAGCCUUGCUGACAUGCCUGGGACUGCUGCUCUUCCCGGUCCCUGGGGUGCAGGCCCAGAACCGAGCCCCGCCCGGCUGCAGCCCCGACCUCAACCCCCUCUACUAUAACCUGUGUGACCGCUCUGGGGCCUGGGGCAUCGUCUUGGAGGCCGUGGCCGGGGCGGGCGUGGUCACCACCUUUGUCCUCACCAUCGUCCUGGUGGCCAGCCUGCCCUUCGUGCAGGACACCAAGAAGCGCAGCCUGUUGGGGACCCAGGUGUUCUUCCUGCUGGGGACGCUGGGCCUCUUCUGCCUCGUGUUCGCCUGCGUGGUGAAGCCCGACUUCUCCACCUGCGCCUCCCGGCGCUUCCUCUUCGGGGUCCUGUUCGCCGUCUGCUUCUCCUGCCUGGUGGCCCACGUCUUUGCCCUCAACUUCCUGGCCCGGAAGAACCAGGGCCCGCGGGGCUGGGUGCUGUUCGCCGUGGCCCUGCUGCUGACCCUGGUGGAGGUGAUCAUCAACACCGAGUGGCUGAUCAUUACGCUGGUCCGGGCGGUGGGCGAGGACGGCGCCCUGGGCAACGGCAGCGCGGGCGGGGCCGCGGCCUCCCCCUGCGACAUCGCCAACAUGGACUUCGUCAUGGCGCUCAUCUACGUCAUGCUGCUACUGCUGGGCGCCUUCACGGGGGCCUGGCCCGCCCUGUGCGGCCGCUUCAAGCGCUGGCGGAAGCACGGGUUCUUCGUGCUGCUCACCACGGCCACCUCCAUCGCCAUCUGGGUGGUGUGGAUCAUCAUGUACACCUACGGCAACCGGCAGCGCAACAGGCCCGCCUGGGACGACCCCACGCUGGCCAUCGCCCUGGCCGCCAACGCCUGGGCCUUUGUCCUCUUCUACGUCAUCCCUGAGGUGUCCCAGGUGACCAAGGCCAGCCCGGAGCAGAGCUACCAGGGGGACCUGUACCCCACCCGGGGCGUGGGCUACGAGACCAUCCUGAAAGAGCAGAAGGGCCAGAGCAUGUUUGUGGAGAACAAGGCGUUUUCCAUGGAUGAGCCAGCCUCGGGCAAGAGACCGGUGUCACCGUACAGUGGGUACAACGGGCAGCUGCUGACCAGUGUGUACCAGCCCACCGAGAUGGCCCUGAUGCACAAAGGCCCGGCGGAGGGACCCUACGACGUCAUCCUCCCACGGGCCACCGCCAACAGCCAGGUGAUGGGCAGUGCCAACUCCACCCUGCGGGCUGAAGACAUGUACGCGGCGCAGAGCCACCAGGCGGCCACGGCCCCGAAAGACGACAAGAACUCUCAGGCUCAGUCCCCGCAAAAUAAAACGAGAUGGUAGACGCCCUGCGGCCUGGACUGCACGCCGUCCUCAUGCCCUCAGUCCUCUGUCCUGGCUGGCAGGGCCCUGCACCUUUCCCACCUUGGUCACUGGAGCUGGGAGGGCCAGGAGGCCACCGAUCUGGAGCAGUGGACCAAGUGGGGUGGCGGGCGGGUAGGGGAGUGGGGGGGACUGUGAAACCCGAGGCUUAGGGCUGGGGCUCGAGGGCCAUCCCUACCUGCCCUGCCCAGCCUCUCCUGGUCCCCAAGUGACUGAGGCCACAGGAGCUGUCUGCAGACCAGCCUGCCUCCAUCCCCCUGUGACACCCUCCCCCACAUCACAGCCCGUGUCCUCGUGCGGUGGCUCUGCAGGGGCCACCCUCAGAUGGCCCUGUCUGCACACUGUGGGCCUCCCUGGCCAUCUUGCUGGUGUCCAGCAACAGCCUGUCCCUCGGCACGCGGUGAAUCGAGGCGAAGCUCCGUGAGUCUUUGGAGCCACACCCUGGCGGAGCUGCCCCUUGCCUUUCUUCCCGGGGCCAUCACCGAGUGAACCGUGGAAGGCCGCGAGCUGGGGCAGGGCUCAUUCGAGCCUGGACAGCUGCGCCUCUGUGGCCUGAGGGCCCUGGACCUGAGCCUCGGCCGCGCUUCACUCCACGACCUGCCUUCCUCACCUUCGAUGACCUGGGUCCCAUGGAGACACAAGGUGGGGCUGGAGCUGCAUUCUCGGGGACCAGUUGACAGUCCUGGGCCACGCAGACGGGGGUCUAGGCCUCUUCCAGGACAGACCUGUGGGACUGGGGGAGGCCUCUCAGAUAAGUGGCAUCUGGGCUGAACACUGCCAUUUCCUGAUGGGCAGGGGAAAGGUGCCUACCUCACCCUGGGCAGGUACCUCCAUGUGCUGGUGCUGCGCUCCUCACCCAGGAUGCCCAGAGGAUCCUGACGCCCCCCGGGGAAGUGGGGAUGUCCGCGGGGCCUGCGUGAUCCUGGCACCAAGGACGGGAGGUGCACGGCUCCGGAUUUGUGGGGACAGCAUCGUCUCUCUGGCCUUGUCCUGCUCUCUGGUACCUGACAGCAGGCUCGUCCAAGAGGGGCCUCCCCAGGUGUGCCCCCGGGUGCAGUUCUCACCCCAGCAUCACCUCGGGCCGUGUGAGGGCCAGGACCAGAGCAGGGGAGGUCACCCUGCAGUCAGGCCCACAGCUCCAGUGCUGCCCCCUGCUGCCUGCACCUGUGCCUUGACCCCGGAGUCUCCCCAGAGAGGCGUUGGGUGAGCAGGCCCAGCAGAUGAGAGUAGGGCUGCCCCCCAAGUGUGAUAACCCCCCCCCACCACACACACACACACCCCAUUUACCAUCCGUUGUACCGGGUUGUCAGUUCCAAGAGUGGAGUGUAACCUCCCUCUGAUGGAAGAGAAGGGGGAGCUCUGGACCUCAGACUUCUCCUGAUCUAGGUUAGUGGCCCCAGGAUCCCUUACGGUGAACAAAGGGACGGUCCUGCUUUUCGAGGUGAUGGUAUCACGUGAGCCCUUCGCCGUGCCAGGCGGCCAGGGGUAGGCAGCCUGCAGUGAAUGUGGGUUUGUUCCUAGUCCCCAUCCCCUGGGGGCCUGUGGGGAGGCGCAGGGAGGGGUGCAGCCUGCCCGGCCUCAGGCACACCCCUGGCCGAGUGGAGAAGAUAGCAAAGCGGUCCAGCUGCAUCGCAAACAAGCCUGGGAGGGAAGGACGCCGGCACAGGCCCGAACCCGCCGCAGGCAGGCACAGGCCGGCACCUGGGUAAACCUCACAGCCACUGUCGAGCUCCAGCUCAAAGCAGAGUAGUUUGGACUUUGUACCUGCUCGGAAUUAAACGACCUUAUUCCUCUCUGUUUGUGAGGAAUUGCUA